AUGGCCUUCGCCGCCCGAGCUCAGCAGCGUGACCUGAGCGCGCUUACCUCCCUUCUUGACGAGCUCGAGGAGUUAUCCAUGUCACCCACGUCGGAUCCCAGCGCGCAGGCGCGCAAGAAUUACCUCUCGGACAGGAUCGAAGAUCUAGUGCAGAACGGCUGUCCCCUCGGAGCGCUUGAGGAAGCCUCGCCUGCGCCGUCGUAUAGCGGUGGCCCCGUCAUAUCCCUCGACGAGGAACCUCUAAAAUCCGCCGUACAAGCCCUCGAUCAGUAUCAGAACCUCUGCAGCCUUAUCGAGCGCGAGAUGAAGCACAAGCUACGCGUCGUGGCGUUCGCGGAGAGGAUGACUUCUUCGGCUUGCAGAUGGAUGAGCUUCAUCCACCCGAUGAACGGGAACGUGACGCGCUCCGAAAAGACGCGCGACUACCAACACACGACCUUCCAGAUCGUCAAUGCCGCCAGUGGCAUGAUAUCCCUGCCCCGCAACGACCAGAACCUCAUUCGCUUUCUCGACACUGCUGGCUUCGUCACUAUGAACAUCGAUAUCUGGGCGAACUUCUUCCGCUACAACAAGUUCUCUCCCGCGCCUCUGGCCGCGUCGGCGGUCUCGAACCUCCUGUUCCUGUACGAUGUACCUAUGGGCGGUAACCUUGCGCGCGCGGAGGCGAGGAAGAAGCUAUCCCGUGAACUGGUCCACGUAUUCGGCAAGCAUCCUCGCCGCCUCUGCAAGACAAUCGCGCGCUACGCGGAGGUUCUCACAGGAUCGCCGCCGCCGGAGAUCGACGCGCAGUGUAUGCUAUUCGCGGCGGCGAACACGCUGCUCGGCGUGAAGGAGCUUCACCCCUACACAUGCCCUCGCCGAGUCGUCUCGAAGCUCGUGCAUGUCAUCGACCGUCGGUCGCGCGGGUCAGCCCACGAGUGCAAGGCGGCCGUGACUGCGAUCCGCUAUCUCGAGCGACUCUGGCUCGUCACCUCGGACAAUCGUACCUUGGAAUGGUCCAUCAAUGACGGGAUCCUCUAUCCGAUUCUGCGCAUCAUGGUUGCAUAUUCGCCGCCCCAUGAAUACCACGAGACACUUCGUCCAGUCUUGCAGACGCUGUACCGCAGCUUCAUCCACUAUCGCGUGCUGCUCUCGUUCUACCGGAAGCAUGAGGUGGACCCGGCUUUCCGAGCAGCCGCUCAGCGUGUCAUGGCCAUUGCGGUGCUCAAGGAGGUCUACGACGCGCGCGUGCCAUUAAUGAUCGUCGCGCGUAAGGAUUGGGCGUUGAAGAAGAACCUUUGCCACUCUGCAGAGUGUCCUAGACGCACGCAGCCGCAUCUCAAGCUUCGCACCUGCGAAUGCAAGCGUGUG